UUGGAGACAAGCGCACUAACCACUCCGCUACCACGCCACUGUAAGCUACAGGGUUUAAGAAUACUGCAAAUAGUGCUUUGCGGUCGUGUUGCCGCCGUGAACGACAAUAAAGUGGGAAUCCCUCAAUGACGCCAAACAAGUUGGCUGUUACUAUAAAUAUCGGCCAAUGGUGUACAUCUGUGGUUCUCAAGUUAUCCGCAUCUGUCUGCUACUCUCAUCGACUCCACCCCUACCACCUGUUGCAGUUCCAAGGCUAUGUUGUCUGGAAAGCCGGUGACAAAAGCCAAUUUCACCAGCCCCUCUCCUGAGAACCCACAAGUCCUGCCUACCCUCCGCUACUCAUUGGUGUACGUCCACCGGUUCCACGGUCCACCUCGUCUCACGUCGUUUUGUGAAACCAACGAAUUGGUUCUCGCAAAAUGCUUCCUUCAAGUUCUUCUUGAUGAGCUUUACGCUUCCCUUCUCUUCUUCGGUCAUCUCUAGAUACACAGCUAGAGCUCCCCCCUCCAGGUAGUUAUGGAUGAGAAACCUGUGAAGAUCGACAAGUGGGAUUCAGGUGCCCUGAAGAAUGCCUUAGAUGAUGGAGCGAAAAAGGUGCUGAUCGACAUUUUGGGCUAUAAGGAAUCGCACGCGCUGAUGGACGGUCGUCUACUCAUCUGCACAAUCGCCAUUGGCUUUGCAAUGUUUGCCUUGAUAUGGGACUACUUCCACCCUUUCCCACUGUCCAGAAAUGUGCUCAUGCUGUGUGUUAUAUCGUACUUCAUCUUGAUGGGAGUGCUGACGUUUUACCUGAGCUACGUCGAGCGAGGAAUUUUCCUAGUGGCCUUGGAACAGGACCGGGCCAUGAUGGAACCGGACAACACCUGGAAGCUCUCCUCCACCUUACGCAAAUACGAUGACGUCUACAGUCUGACCAUAUCCUACACAGACGGAAAAACAAAACAGGAGAGGUCAGCCUCCACGUCCAAGUGUGUUGCCAGUUAUUUUGAUGAAAACGGCGUCUUCUGCUUCGACCUGUUCCAGCCCAUUGUGGAGGCGAUGCGCCAGGAUCUAGCUCUGGACAAAAAGAUUCAGUGAUGCUCGAAGUCCUGUUGAUGUUUAUAAAACGUGUUUUUAUCGUCGUCUUAAUAGUGUGUUUAAUGGGAGGUUUGAUUUAUAUUGUCUGUGUUGUCUGUUUGUUGUAUUUACCGCAGUGUACACGUGAGAGAUCGCAGAGUAGUUCCCUGUGCAAAGAUGUGAAGUUUAUACUGAAGUAGGCUUUGAUAGAAUCAUAGACCUGUAUCAGUACAAAGUGGGGUUUUUUUAUCCAGCAUUAUCUCUAAUAGCCUAUAAAAGUUACGUCUUUGGGAGUUGAUUGUUUCUUUCUUUCUCCCUGCCAGCUGGUCUGAAGUUGUGAUCAAGGGCAAAAUGUUAGGACACACUGAGGUUUUGGAGACUUUUCCUCCCAAAUCUGGUUUUUUUUUUUUAUUUAAAGGGUUGUAAGGAAAACUAUUUUUGGUCAUGUAGUGGUUGUCAGGUCUACGUCAUGUGGGCAAAUAUUCCUAGAAAUAGAGUGUUCAUAUGUUUGUUUUGUUUUAGCUGCAGUUUAUAAACUGUUUCGUUAAAUUCAACCAUGACUCAAGUUUGGCUUUGUACAAGGUGUGAGUGAUGAGUCUUUGAAGGUCACAGCAUUGACCAUGUCGCAACUUGAAACAUGUGCUGAAUUUGUUACUUAUUUUUAUCUUUGUACCAUCUCAUUCCUAAACUGUUGGGUAUUUUGUUUUCUGUACAAUCAAAAGAUUCCCACAAGUGGGACUGUAGGUAACAGAGGUUUACUGUACACCAGGGGUUUUUUUCCUUGCAGGUGACUUGAAAUCACAAUUUUUGCUAUUUUUAAAGAAAUUCACGAAACCUAACCGUUUGUGAAAUGUUAAAAGGGGUGCUAGAUUAAAUUUGGUGACUUAUUUUGCAAAUUCAACAUGUAGGCUACGCAAAACAACAAAAAAAAGAAAAUGGGCAAAUCCCCCCUACCCCCCCCCAUAAAAAAAGAACGCAAGC